UCGCGUUCUCGCGCCGCGACGAGACGUUCCCGCGUUCUUUUUACGCGAACGAGUUGCAUUUCGCGGGCGUAUUUGCGUCGGGUGUGCGAAAUCGGGUGAGCGACGGCGACGUGCGUCGGGAUACGUUAAAUUGUUCGGCAUGAAUGCGAUCGUCGCUUCUCUUACUCAUUGUCAGUUAAUCGUCUAUCGCGUCGCGUCGCGUUGGGUUAUGUCGCGUUGGCGCUCGUCCCUGUCUCAUCUCUUUAAAUACGCAUUUCUUUUAUAUACUUACACCGUGCGAAACAGAAAUAUUGAAUAAAUAUCGAGCACUGGUUGCAUCGGCAGAUGGGAAAUUGCCGCGAAACGAUCGAAACGGUUUCUGUAGAUAUUAACGGUAUUCGCGGAUAACGUGAGUUCCGAUCCAUCACGCUGUAUGAAUACGGGAAGAGAGAGACGAGGAUUGAAGCAAUCGACGAGGUAUUCCGCAUCGUAUUACUCGAUCGAACAGGGCGUGCAUGAUAGCGGAAAGCAGCGGUGUCGCACAGCGAAUGCUACUUGGGCCGAUGCCAUACGCUCUAAUUUCCGCGAAGGCACGGCCGGCUGUGGACGUGGUGGCCCGGGGUCUGCCACGUUGGAAGACGAUCAGCGCGACGGAUCGCUCAUAGAUUCUACGAAUUCUUCGCGAUCGCGAAGCGGGAAGUGGAGGACUUUGGCGGAGGUGAAGAAGUCGCGGGUGAAAAGACACGAAGCCGUUCAUCUUGGGCGGUCUUUUGGACGAGAAAUCGCUCUCGCACGUCAAGCAACAGGCAUCAUCGGCAGACGGUGGGUCGAGCCUCGCAAACAACGUCCGGUCCUCGCCUCUUCCAUGUGAAGGCUGCCCUGUCAUGGCAGUCGCCCUUCUGGGCAAGUGCGUCGCGCUGCUGGGUCUCGUCGUGCUGCUCUACGCCACCUGCUAUGGCUUCCGGAUACGCGACGUCGUGCCGCAGACGCACCAUCCCACCGUCUGCAUUCCGGCGCAUGGCAGAGCCUGCCCAACGGACAGAACGGUGACGACCGAGGGACCGAUGUACUCGGCCCGGAAAUGGCACGAGGGCACGGUGCCGCGGACCAUCGUUGGUGGCCGGAAACCACCUGCCGAGACGACGUCAGACGUCGGAACGGAGAGAAUUCAGAUCGAGAAAUUCGCUGCACAUUCGAGAGAUAGGGGUGCGACUGGAUCUAUGCCGAAAAGCUCCAAGAUAGAAAGUGACGAAGUAGAUGACGACGAAGAGGAGGAAGAGACAGGUGUGGAAGUGGAAGGCGUAGAGGAGGAUGAGGAAUCAGUGGGUGAUUCCGAGAGAAAUCAGGCAGAUGGAAAGACAGAUGAAGACGAAGAAGAAGAAAGUGCAUCCGAGACUGAGCUAUCUGAUCAAGAUGCUGAAGAAAAGAAAGUAAAAAAAAAAUUUCCUGCUGAUGACAAUGAUGACAAAAGUGAAGAUACUGAUGAAGAUGCAGAUGAAGCUGAAGACGCAGAUGAAGAAGAAGAAGAUGAAGAUAAAGAUAAAGACGAUGAUAAAAAAUCUUUUAAAAAAGAUUCAGAGAAAGAAAUUAAAACCACAAAGAUUGUUAAAUCAAUAAAAUACAGUAAAAGUAAAGCUAAUGAUGAAGAUGAUGAUGACGAUGAUAAAGAAGAAGACGAUAAAGAAGAAAAACAGAAAAUAGUCAAGUUAGAUCAACGAAAAGUAAUAGAAUUACUUCAAAAACAAUUUAGUGUAUCGCAUAAAAAACAAGAAAAAGACAAAGAUGAUGUUGAAGAUAAAGAGCCUGAUGUAAAAGAAACUACUCCGGCACCCAGAAAAUUGGAGAAAGUGAGACUCGCCGAUAAAGAUAGAACGAGAACAGCUACUUUACCUAGCAAACGCGAUGUGGAAAAAUCAGAACAAGAUGAUAAAAGACCAGCCGAUGUCGCGAAGCCAGCGGUUGAAAGCGUGAAAGAGACGAUCGAAAGCACAAAGAAAACUGAAUCGAUCGAAAGCACGAAAGAAUCCGUCGAUAGCACGAAGAAAUCAAUCGAGAGUGCCAAGAAACAAACUGACGCCGCGAAAAAAGUUGAGUCGGUUAAGGCUGCUCCUAAGGCCGAGGUGCCUGAAGCUGCAACGAAGGUAGACGAAAAAUCGAAGACGCGAGUGAAACCGGAAACUUCAACACCUGCGCCGAAAAUUAAGGAGCAGGCGAAACAACCGGAGAAGGCAGAUGUCAAAAAAGUAGUAACGAAACCAACUUCGAGAUCGUCGAAGGAAGUUUCGCAAGCGGAGAAGCAAGAAACGAAGCCGAAAACGACGAAACAUACAGAUGCGUCUAUUACAUUGUCCGAAGUGAAUGAUGCAAUUCUGCGUGUGCCGACAUUCGUGCCAAAUUUUACGAACGUUGAAAAUUCGGAAUGUCAGCAACAUGGCAAGAUAUUCCUGCGACAAUUGAGAGGUUACAAGUUGUGGGCGCUUCAAAUGUUAGAUUCGAGCGCCAAGAUUCCGUCGGGUUUGUUACGCGGAAAUGUGAAUCAGCUGGGGGAUUACGAUCAAUGUUUGGGUGUGUUGGCGCAUGUUAAAGUGGACGAGAAGACGAUAAGAAUUCAAGGGAAAUAUUGCCUGGCUACUGUGGAUCUGCACGCUUCCCAUUCAGACAUGAGACUGCCGGUCAAUCUAAUGCAAGCCCGUGCUUUCAUACGAGGAAAUAUGCACGACCCAGGUCAUUUCAUUCCAAAAUUCACUACAUUUAAUUGGGCGCUGUGUCUACCCGCGGCGUGUUCAGCCGAGGACGCUGAACGUGCGUUAGAGAGUACCUUAAAGGAUUACAAUGGAACUGUCGGAAUUAAGUUUACGGUGGACGUCGAUCCUAAUAUGUGUUACGUCAAACAAAAGUCUCAGACCUAUUCGAAAGAAACGAUCGGCGUCUUGUAUUUUUACGCUAUGAUUGUUUGUCUCGUUAUUGUAGCGACUGUGAGGGAUUACUUCGUGGAGACGCGAGGGAAAGGAAAUUAUUCUGAGAGGAUAAUCAUGUCAUUUUCCUUACGGAGGACGAUUAAAGCCUUAUUGAAGGAAGCGACGGACGCUGCGGAUAUUACGUGUAUCUACGGAAUAAGAGCGCUGGCUACGAUCGUUCUUUACGUUGCCCACCAGCUUAUAAUAAUUUCCCGAAUGCCGUUUAGCAACCGCACUUCUCUUACGGAGAUCGCAAACAGUCCGGCCAGCUCUAUUCUGCGAGUGUCGUUAGUUUACACGGACGCGUUUCUGCUGCUAAGCGGCGUUCUCACCGCUUACAACAUGGCGAGGGAACUGAAGACUCGCGGCGAAAUUCGCUGGUUUUGCCGUUUCGUCGCCAGAUUUAUCAGACUUUCGCCGGCGUUGCUCGCGGUGAUCUUCUGGUACGCGUUCGUGAUGGAACACGUCGGCACGGGUCCGCAAUGGAACAGCGUCGUCACGGCGAACGCGGAGCUCUGCAAGUGCAACGCGUGGACGAAUCUGUUGUACGUGCAGAAUUUUUUCCCGUUCGAGGAGAUGUGCGCCACGCACACGUAUCAGUUGGCCUUGGACAUGCAACUAUCGCUCUUGGCGCCUAUAAUAGUCUUCUUUUUGCAAUACAAACUCAUCAUCGGUAUCCUCCUGAUGAUCUUCUUCAUCCUGUUAUCUGCCACUCUUCGUUACAUAGCGACGAUGAACAAUUAUCUGUCUCUCGUCAUCUAUCACGGGAUAUCAUUGAGACGCCUUUACAAGACUGCCAAUUUAACUUACGCGUUGCCGCUGCACAGAGCGACGCCGUACAUCUUCGGCGUCGGCCUCGGCGUGCUGUUGCAUUACACCGGGAGGAACGUCAGGAUUCACAGGGUGUUAGUGAUCUUGGGUUGGUUGAUCGCGUCGGCCUUGGGCUCAUGGUCGUUAUUUUCACCCUGGCGUCAGGCCAGGCGGGACUACGUGUACGACGCUGAAGAGGCCACUCACUAUGCAGUAAUCGGGCCGGUGCUGUGGGCCGCGGCUCUAUGCUGGUCAAUAUUUGCCUGCUUCACGGGGCACGGAGGCGGUGUUAACAGAUUCCUCUCCAGCUAUUGGCUGGUGAUCCUCAGCAGGAUAUCGUACGCCGUGUACCUAACGCAAUUCGCAGUAUUUUUCUACAACGUUGGGACCACGAGAUUCUCCACGGAAUUUCAACCUCAUAGAGCAAUUGAUCUUCUGGAAGUAGCGAUAGUGAUAGCCGCAUCAGUUGUUUUGACAUUACUCUUUGAUCUUCCGAUGCAGGAGGUGAAGAGUGUCAUAAUGGAAAGCACGGACAUGACGGUCGAAGUUUCUGAGGAAAAAAAGACACGCGCGAGCGAAGCUAAAAGCGUCGAAUCCGCCGAAACCGCAAAAAUCGAGCAAGCGAACGUUUUCGAGGACGACGAAAUCGCGUCCACCGGGUGGGACUGGCAGAAGGAUAUAGCUCACGGUGUAACUACUCUCGAGGGACACGACACGGAAGAGGAAAUAGCAGACGUACCGACACUGAAGAAGAUGAACGGAAGGCGGAUGUCUUUCAUCGAGUCCGUUCGUGAUUCCGAAGAGGUGUCGAGCAAAGAUCGGGCCAAGCCAGCGGCUAGAAAACCAUCCAGAGACACGGAGAGUUAUACGGAUCGUAAGAUAGGCAUGAACAGCCAGAGAUACGUCACGGAUGACUCUGAGGAAGAAGCUAUUGAAUUUCUCAGAAGUCAGCGAGAGCACGACGAGGCUGCAGUGGCUCAGCGAAACAGACGUUCGUUAUCCAGAACCAAAGAUAACAAGAGACCAUCGUCAAGGAACAGCGAAAGUGAGGAAGAAUGGCAACGCAGAAAAAAGAUUGAGGACGAUUCGAGGCAGUUCAGGAAAUCCGAAUCCAGAGGAAGAACGUCGGCUAAGGAAGCGGACGAUAACCGUUCCUGGGAGUUCGUCGGAAAGGAAGGUUCGUCCGCCAGAGAACAACACGAGUCGAAGCCACUCCUCGUGAGAUCGGUGGAUGUUGCGAGAAGAACGUUCUCUUCCGAGAGCGAGGAGGAGCCGUUGGCGCAAGAAAAAACGAAGCCGGUACGCGUUUCGAGUUCCGACGCAAGGACGAGCGACGAGGAGGAGUGGGAACACGAGUUGAGGAUACGAAGGAAACAGUUUAUGGAGAAACUGAUUGUUCAGCAGGGUGAGUCAUUGGUCGAGGGGGAGAGCGAGGGCAGCGCGGAAUCAUUGGCCCGUAGAUCAUCCGCAGAGGGCAGGAUAGCCUUGCUGAGAGAUAUCUCGGGUGAGGAUAACAUGGACUCGUGGACCGUCAGCGUUGGGCCGCGGAUCGCGCUCCUCGGGUCCUCUCAGGAGCCGAGUGAGCCCGAGGAGGACGGUAUUUAUAUGCGACGUAGAGAAUACCGGGAACAAGGUCCACCAUCGAGAGAGGAGAGCCUGAGCGAGGAGGAGAGCAGCCAGGACACUUCGAGAAGACAAUCCUACACCAGCGGUAGUCAGAAAACGUCGCUGGAGGAGGAGGACGAUGUUAACAACUAUAACUUUAUGCUAACCAAGGAAAGUAAGAGAGAAUCCCUGCAAGAUCUGUCGCAAUUGUCGCAGGAGGAUUUGGCGAGUGCCGGAUGGAACGUCGUGAAGAAAGAAGGCGAUCUCUCGGUCAAACCGACGUCGACUGGUUUAUUCAAACGAGAGUCCAUUGUUAAGAGCCAGGCGAGCGAGGAAGAUCCCGAGUACCUUCUGCCGGAAAGGCCGAAGCUGGUCCAGCAGGAGCGGGAGCAUCCCUUCAAGAAGGCCUGGCAGAUGCAGAAGUCUAGAUCGGAGGAGGAGGGCUCCUCAGCGUACACCAUAAAAGAUUCCAAGGAGCAGCAAUCCGAGGCUAAGACGAAGGAGCCGCCGAUCAAACGCGAGAGCAGCGGCGAGCAGUCCGAGGAUAUCGAAUCGUUCGCCGACGACGAAUCGGUCGAACCCACCGUGGUACUGCGUGGUAGAAGCACCGACACGGAGGACACGAGGACCAGCUCGACGAGAUCCGGCACAGACGAGACGGACUCGAUCUCGACGGAGUGCAGUAGAGCCACGCACGAGCGAGACCACAGGCAGAGCUCGAAAUCUGAGACCGACGAAGAUUCCGCGAAAUUUAAUUGGUCCGGCGAGGAGAAGGAGGAGGCGACGGAAGACGAGAUCUACGAAGCUGGCCGGAGAGGGAAAUCGGAGGAAGCGGACUGGGACUGGGAGCGAGAGGAAACUUGACGAAAAUGACUUUAGACGAUUGUAUAGAGUGACUAUAUCUUACCUUCAAAUUCGGUUGAAGGCAAAGACGAGGGGGAACGAUGGACUGAAUUCGUAGCGCUCGGGGGUUGUGUGAUUUGCAAGAAGAGAGCUGGCGAAGAUGCGAAGGAAUGAUCGAAAUUUAUAUUAAUCGUUAUACUAUAUAAGUUAAUAAAUUAUGAAGAAAAUAUUCUA